AAAGACGUUGAAAAUAUGUCAGCGGGCAACUCUCACAGAGACAAGAGUUCAGACGACGAUAAUGAUAUGUGGCUUGCAUUAAGACAUAACUAUGUCUAUGUGUCCGAAAAGCUGCGUAUCACCUCCCCGUUUCUGUCUCGUUUGUAUGAGAAAGACUUUCUAUCGCGAGGCGAUUUCGAUACCCUAAGGGAUGACAAUACGAAAGAGGAAGAUAGAGUGUAUCAGCUGCUUGUGAAGAUUCUUCCCUGUCAAUCAAGUGUGCAGUUUAUACCAUUUUGCAACGUUCUCACUGCAUCUGGACAACAACAUAUCGCUGAUCGCUUGUUAAGUCAUCCCUGUCUCUUCCGUCUUCUUCCAGCUGCAGAAAAAACCAGGAAGCACCAAGAAAAUAGUAAUUCAAAAGAAGUGGAAAUGACCUCGGCUGAAUGUGAGCAACUGAAAAGAACCUUGCAUUUGGAAAGAGAGAGCAAGAAACAACAGGAACGACGAGCUCUUCUUGCAGAAUCUCUAGCGCAGAUCGAGAAAGAGCGAGCGGACAGAUUUAUUAAAAUGUACACUCGAGCUAUGGCAGAGAAUCAAGAACUGCAGCUUACCACUUUGGGUAUGCGGUACGCAAAGUCUCGCAAGGAUCAGACUGGACAGAUCACUAAUGGAAGCCUUAGUUGGAAACUAUUGAAUAAUACAGUUCCUUCUCGACUGCACAUUGGCUCAUUAGCAGAAUGUAACGAAAAAUUAUUGAUUGCUGGGAAAUGUGGCGAUCUUCGUGUUCUGACUAAUGACAAGGAAACAUGGGAGACUUUUGUGAGAGAUCAAGGUGAUAUACGACGUGUGGUGGCGUAUCAAGGUAUGUGUCUAGUGUUGGUUUAUGAUGAAGUGAAACAUCACUUUGUAAUUGAGCAAUUUUGUAUGGAUGAGGAGAAUAAAUGGAGACCAGUUGCAGUGCUGCCAAAGGAACACCAAUUAUCUUGUGUAUCUAUUGCACUACAGGACAACUUACUGUAUGCUGUGGGUGGCCUAACAAGUCCUGACUGGAAAAGAGUGACCACGGCGCAUGUUUAUGAUCUACGGAAGGAUCAGUGGGAUGUACUCGAAGACAUGUCGACAAAACGAUCAGGUUGCUCGUGUGUCAUCUUGAAUGAUUCAGUCUACGUAGGUUCAGGUUGGACUGACGACGAAGAGCCAUGUCAUACAGUCGAGUGUCUUCGAAAGGGCAGCAGGUAUUGGAAAGAGUUGACUUCAUAUCCCAUUCGAAUGUCUACUAUGACUGCAUUUGGUAACACUAUCCUAUCGACUGGGGGACAGAACGCCGAUAAUUCACUUUUGAAUGAAGUGCAAUUGUUUGAUGGAAGAUGCAGAGAGUGGCAUUCUCUUCCUCCAAUGACACGAAACAGAAGUUGGCAUGGUCUGGUUUCAACUGAGCGUGGAGAGAUUAUAGCAGCAGGUGGAGAAAUUUUGAGAGCAGAAGAAGAGCAUUCUAUGGAAAGUUUGCGAUUGACAUGAAGAUAUGCUUCUAGAUCAUCUAGGUUUCCCUGUGAAACUAAGACUGCUGUUCUGUUUUGUUUCUGGCUUAGCUAACUUUCUGGCUGUAAUUAUUAAUUCAUUUAUUACAAUGAGUUGUGUUCAUAGUAUCUGCAAUAUGAAGUCAUGUUUGCCUUUUGUAAUAUACCUAGUCUAUGACUGCCGAGUAGGUAGAUCGAAAUUUGCUUGUCUAAUAAAGAUUACCCGA